UGGACAACUUGAAAAAAUUUUAGUGGAUUUAAUCGAUUCUAUUGACCCAAAUCUAUAAUAAUUGGCACGACUUUACUUCGGUUUGUCCGUGUGAAACCGCCUAGAACCGAGCACAGUAGUAGACAAAAAUCACAAACAUCAUUACUGCACUAGGCCGACUUCGAAUAAAUGAUUGAAGUGCAAAUAAUGAAUGGCCUUCACCAGAGUUCCCCUAAGUUUCGAAUAUACUUAGUUUUUAAUGGACUGGGUCAGUUGUCGUAACUGGAAUACUUUUGUUUAUAUUCAAAUCCGGCUGCUGUCAUUUUCAAGAUGGCGCCUUACAUGGGUUCGUUCUGAACGUAUUCUUCAGUGAGAUUCGGCUAUCUAGUCUUGUAGAUAAAAAUGCCCUCCUAAUAACAACUAAUACUUUAGAUCGGUGGGCCGAUUUGUACUGUCGCCUCCAUAAAUUAACGUAGGUGAAGGUUCUGUUUUUAACAGUAACUGUAUUGUUCCAAGUAAUCGGAAAAGUGUUGUCAGUGUUUCCGGUAACAGUGCUCCACCCUCUCGUCCCAUAGAGGUGUGCUUGCGCUUUUUUCUCAAAACAGUCGGUUCUUGGUUGAGGACGUGGAAUACUCUCUAUAUAUAGAUUCUACAGAAGCUAUGACUUGUUGUCAGCUAUUGUGUGCACUUCCGGCCGCAGCGGCUGUAGUGUUGAUAAGCGGGUUGUUUGAUGUUGUCGGAGGCCACUUACACAUUAGUGUACCGCAGGAAUACCUCGAUGAUCCUACAAAGGACAUUUCACAUUUGGAUGAUGACACCAAACUUCGUAUCAUGCAUGCAAGGUAUCAUGAAAAACAUAAGGGUCAUGAUGAGAUGCACUUCUGGAUGGGGGUCACUUUAAUUGUCGCGGUAAUUGUCACUCAAAUUUUAAUUGUCUUCUGGAAGGAAUGGCAUUACAGUUCCUACAGACAGUUCACAAUGUGGGGUCUUUGGGGUAUUCCGUGCAUCGUUUCGAUUCACUCGGGCUAUUGGCGUUUCGUAUUCGUCUGGACAAUUUUUUCGGCAAUCACUGGUUUGAUAAUGCGCAUGGCCUUCCGAAAGCCCAUCGCUCGUACCACCCCUCGCUGGGUUUAUAAGUGGUUCUACGCGGUUCAUCUACAAAGUGUUGGGCUCGGUGUCCUGGGGUAUAUGGUCCUUUUGUCGGCAUUACUAGGCUUCUCGCCGCUGUUUUUGAUGUCAUUGGAAACGGCUUUUGGCACAGGUUUCUUGAUAUUCUUCUAUGGGACUUAUUACGGUGUGCUCGGUCGUGAUAUCGCCGAAGUUGUCACUAACAAGAUGGCAGCUACGAUAGGAUAUUACACUGACAGUGGAGUACCAUAUCGAACACUUGAUGCCGAUAUGUGUGCCGUCUGCGCACAGAAAAUACUUGUAACAAAGAAUGAGGACGCCGUUGUGGAAGAGCGAUACACAUUACCUUGUUCACAUUCCUUUCACGAAUUUUGCAUUCGAGGGUGGUGUGUCGUCGGCAAAAAACAAACCUGUCCUUAUUGCAAUGAAAAGGUUGAUCUUCAACGGUUGUUUAAAAAUCCCUGGGAAAAGCCGCAUGUCAUCUAUGGACAUUUUUUAGACUUUAUUCGAUAUCUGCUCGUGUGGCAGCCGAUCAUUUUAGGGGCAAGUCAGGGUUUUAACUGGUAUAUGGGAUUUGAAUAGAAUGGAAUAACAAGCAAUAAAAACAAGCAACUAAAUCAUUGUGGGCCUUAGGUAUCCGUACAAGUUGUCUCGACUGGGAUAGUCAUCAUAAAUAGCGGACCCUGUAAAUGGCAUAGGAUGCGAGUUUACUGUAAAUAUAUCGGA